AUGAAGUUAAGGGUAAAAGAGAUGAACAGAGGAAGAAGGAAUCUGAAACAAGCAGCUUCGGAGCAGGAUUUUAGGCUUAAGCAAUGUCAGAAUAUUGCCAAGAUAAUGGAUACAAAAAGAGAUAACUCAUCAACAUUGUUUAAACGGAAGAAAAGAAGAGCUAAUCGCGCUUAUAACUUGUUGGUCAUGGGCUGUUAUCUGGGUCUACCUCUAAGAACAAAAAGAAGAAGAAGAUAUAUGUCCGAGAUUCCUCUCGAUCUUUUGGUCGAAAUUCUCAUCAGACUGCCGGGAAAGUACUUGGCAAGGUUCAAGUGCGUCUCAAAGCAGUGGUCAUCACUCAUCUCUUCUCGAUAUUUUUGUGACAGUCUCACACGAUCAAAACAACAACAACAAGAACCACGUCUAUACAUGUGUUUGGUGGAUGAAGGCGGGCAUCGUGCACUGCUGUCUAUGGCAUCAACGUCUCCAGACAACACUAGUUUUGUGGUCGACCAAGAUUUGAGCAUCCCAGGGAUGGGAGGCUACUACUUGAAUGAUCUCCACGGCUUGAUGUGUUUCUCAAUGGGGAAAAAAGCUUGUAUAUACAACCCCAGCACCGGACAGCGUUUGACCUUACCCAAGAUAAAGCCCGACAUCAUAGCCGAACAAGGUCAAACUAUGUAUGUUAAGCGGCACUAUAUCGGAUACGACCCUAUUGAUAGUCAACACAAACUACUAUGCACAAUUGUUAUGUACUCGGACCUUUUUUUUAAUCUGAAAUCAGAGCACUGGGUGUUCGUCCUGGAAGCUGGAGGUUCCUGGAAAAAGGUUGUUUCGCAUGAGAAUUAUCGUCCUCAUACCGCUUUCGCACGAGGACAGUCUAUCAGUGGAUCAGUAGUACAUUAUCUGGCGUGGCAUGAUAUGUACACUUGCGCGAUUGUGAGAUUUGACGUUAGGUCUGAAGAGUUAACUACCAUCAUAGUACCUGAGGAUGUCAGGGAUGAUAUGUCCAUUCCUGCACUUGAGAUGAGGGCAGAACUUAUAGAGUAUGGUGGAAAAAUAGCUAUUUUUGAACAUAGCAACCUAAGAACUGAGGGUACUGCGGUACUAUGGGUAUUGGAAGAUGCUGAGAAAAAGGAAUGGUCGAAAAGGAGCCUUGUUUUGCAGCCUUGUCAGAGGCAUUUAGUCCAAGAUAUUGAGUUGAUUGUAAAAGGCACAACUCAAGACGGCAAAGUUAUCUUGGCACCUUUGGAUAUGCAUUCUGGAUUCUAUAUUUUGUGCUAUGAUUUGCAAAGCAAUGACUUGAGGAAGGGUUGA